UAAAAGAAAAAAAAAAAAAAAAAGCUCAUACUCAUUAGUUUGUGGGAAAAGUGAAACUCAGCACAUAAUAGGAUACCAUGGCUGAGCACGGGGCUCACAUCACAACUGCUUCUGUGGCGGAUGACCAACCUUCCAUCUUUGAGGUGGUAGCACAGGACAGUUUAAUGACAGCAGUGAGACCUGCCCUUCAGCAUGUGGUCAAGGUUCUUGCAGAAUCAAAUCCUGAACACUAUGGCUUCUUUUGGAGAUGGUUUGAUGAAAUCUUUGCUCUACUUGAUUUUCUGCUCCAGCAGCAUUAUUUGUCUAAGACCAGUGCCUCAUUUUCUGAAAAUUUUUAUGGCUUAAAGCGAAUUGUAAUGGGGGACUCUCAGAAGUUUCUGAGAUUGGCCAGUGCUGGUCUCCCAAAGAAGCAGCUUUGGAAAUCAGUUCUGUUCCUCGUUCUUCUUCCCUACUUGAAAGUGAAGCUGGAGAAGCUGGUUUCCAGCCUGAGAGAGGAGGAUGAAUAUUCUAUCCAUCCCCCCUCCUCCCACUGGAAACGAUUUUACAGAGCCUUCUUGGCAGCCUACCCAUUUGUUAACAUGGCCUGGGAAGGCUGGUUUCUUGCACAACAACUUCAGUACAUCCUAGGAAAAGCUCAGCAUCACUCUCCCCUGCUGAGACUGGCUGGAGUUCGGCUAGGUAGACUGACAGUUCAGGAUAUACAAGCUAUGGAGCACAGACUGGCUGGAGCCAGCAUGAUGCAGCAACCAGGCAGGAGUGUUAAUGAGAAGAUAAAGUCAGCUCUGAAGAAAGCUGUGGGAAGUGUUGCCUUAUCCCUCUCCACUGGUCUUUCUGUGGGUGUUUUCUUCCUGCAGUUCCUUGACUGGUGGUACUCAUCUGAAAAUCAAGAAACCAUCAAAUCACUGACUGCCCUGCCUACUCCACCACCACCUGUUCAUCUAGACUACAACUCUGAUUCUCCUCUCUUGCCCAAAAUGAAGACUGUGUGCCCACUGUGUCGUAAAGCCCGGGUGAAUGAUACUGUUCUUGCCACAUCUGGCUAUGUGUUUUGUUAUCGCUGUGUGUUUAAUUAUGUAAGGAGUCACCAAGCUUGUCCCAUCACAGGUUAUCCAACAGAAGUACAGCAUCUAAUUAAACUGUACUCUCCUGAGAACUGA